GAUUUGUAAACCUUGCCAAUCAGGAGACAGUGCAAAUGUCCUAAAACCACUGCUGCGCAUGCUCUCUAAUUAGCGGCCGGCGAAUCUGCUGUGCGUGUCGCUAAUAAUGGGUAGGUUUUCUAGAAAAUGUUGCUGUUUUCCAGUUUUCAUAAGGCAACCUACUUCUAUAGACCUUAAGAAGAUCAUAUUCUCUCUGACUAAGAGAAAUUUCGAACUGCUCGUCCACUACUCACGAUCUUCGGGCAAAUAUCAAAGUUUUGUAGCCGGAUUAGAGACAGAGAGACAAAACUUCCAGCUGCGUGGUGACAAUACGGACCUCGAAAGAGGGGUGUGUCACAACCGACAGAAGUAUUUCUGGAUGCUAGUGAAAGAGGGAAUGGUAUCCCCAGUUUCACUGAUUGUUUAUCUGGCGGAACAAAACUCCCGUCUUCAUCUUCCUCAUGAUGACAGAGACGUUCGCACCCGGAACUUUCAAAAAAAUUCUCGUGGUCUUCCAGUGUGUCAGGAAACUAUUAUUACAUGACUUUUAGAGAUUACUCCGCUGCGGAUCCAGGAAUUGUGGCUACGGGGGCGCCAAUUUAUGAGGCAGUGUGUCCAGGGGGCGAAGCCCCCAGAAGCUCCUGGAUUUUAUGGGGCUUGAAAUGUUUCUCCUAUAAGUCAUUUGUACUAUUUUCUAUCAUUUUAAUAUUAAAGGUGAAAUUAAUAAUAUGACCCAAAUUUUAAGGGUUGUUUGGAAAAAAUUAUAGGU